CUCUCUUUCUACUUUAUUGUGCACAAUAGCAUUUUUCCUCUGCACUAAACUACCGUGCAAGGGUCGGUGCAACAAGUUUGCAGGAGCCACAACGCGCCGUUAAGACAGGUUGACUUGCUUUGGCUGGAGAGGAGUGGAGCCUCCACUCGUCUGUCGCUGUCACCACAAAGUCACUGUACGUGAACGCCGCGUCGCAGGCAGCCAGGCAGGCGCACAGACACACACGCACACACACUCAACGCAGUGUGCCAUAAAUUCGUGACUCCGCGCCAGAUGCAGUUUGCUCCCAACAGCGCGUGUAGUUAUAGUUAAAUGGAGAUCGCGAAGGCACGAGGAGCAUCAAAGUGCGUGGAAAAGAUGGAGAAAGUGGCGCCUCAGAAGCGGCAAUACUGUCGCACAACAGUGCUGAACAUAGUCUCGUCUUUAUUUUCAGUGGCGUCCGUCGCCUUUUGCAUUUUUCUGAGCAUUAACGCAGCUGAUAUUAAGAACCGGGUUGUGGAUUUGGAGAGUGGGAAUGGCGAGCACACCUUUAUCCGUGCCCCUGGCUACACCAUGGAUGAUUUUAAUUCAUUGAUCCAACAAAGAGUGGACGAGCUGCUCUCGCAGCGCUCCUAUGAAAAUUUUGUCAAGAUUCGCACCGCCAGACAAGCAUCACCUGAAUGCAACUGCCCUCCAGGACCUCCGGGAAAGCGAGGAAGAAGAGGCCGCAAUGGAGAACCUGGACCUCCUGGCCCUCCAGGUCCAAAGGGUGAAAAGGGGGAUCAAGGCGACCAGGGACCACGGAUGGUCUUCCCUAAGAUCAAUCAUGGCUUUCUUUCCGCUGACCAGCAGCUCAUAAAGCGGCGGCUCAUUAAGGGAGAUCAGGGGCAAGCAGGACCACCUGGGCCUCCAGGGCCACCGGGCCCUCCUGGGCCGAGAGGGCCUCCAGGGGACACAGGCAAAGAUGGGCCCAGAGGUGUACCUGGUCUACCUGGUGAUCCAGGACAGCAUGGAGAAACUGGACCCAUGGGACCUCAGGGGCCACAAGGGCUGAAGGGUUCACUCGGGCCUCCUGGCAUCCCAGGUGUUGAUGGACUGAAGGGUGAAAUGGGAGAGCGAGGUGAAAAGGGGGACAUGGGUGAAGAAGGACCGAAAGGUGAUAUGGGUGAGAAGGGAGAUGCAGGCUCCUCUGCAGCUGGCAUCAAGGGCGAACCUGGAGAGCCUGGACGAAGUGGACACAAGGGAGAGCCAGGACUUCCAGGGCUGCCUGGACUCCCAGGGAUAAAGGGUGAGCCUGGAUUCCUCGGUCCCCAGGGAGAGCCAGGACUUCCCGGACUCCCAGGGACUAAGGGUGAGAAAGGCGACCACGGGCCACCAGGAAAAGGUGAACGAGGAGACCCUGGAGCUGUUGGACCAAAGGGUUCACAAGGAGAGGCUGGUACACCUGGUCCUAAAGGGUCAAAGGGGGAGACUGGAGACAAAGGAGACUUGGGAUCCAUUGGCCCGAGGGGCCCCCCUGGGCAGAAAGGAGACCAAGGAGCCACUGAAAUCAUUGACUACAAUGGAAACAUUCAGGAGGCUUUACAGAAGAUUACCACUAUUACAGUAACGGGUCCUCCUGGGCCUCCCGGGCCAACGGGACCACAGGGUAUAAAGGGGGAUCGUGGUAUGCCUGGUCUCCCAGGACUCGAUGGAGAAAGAGGCUACAAAGGUUCAAAAGGAGACAUGGGAAUGCCUGGAGCUUCAGGGGAGAAAGGAGCAACCGGUUUACCUGGAUUACCUGGUGUCAAUGGGGUAAAAGGGGAAAAGGGAGAUCUUGGUCUGCCUGGUCCUCAGGGUCCUUCAAUUAUUGGCCCCCCAGGGCCACCAGGGCCCCAUGGACCACCAGGACCCAUGGGACCCCAUGGAUUCCCUGGACCAAAGGGUGAACCUGGAUUGCAUGGCAUGAAGGGUAUGCGAGGAGAACCAGGACACAAAGGGGAUCGUGGACCUUUGGGUCUCCCCGGCAUGGAUGGACCUCCGGGUCCAGCUGGUCCUGCUGGACCAAAGGGGGACAUAGGUGAGAGAGGAGCACCAGGCGAGCCAGGACCAAGGGGACCUUAUGGACUACCUGGAGCUGCUGGAACACCAGGCUUGGAUGGGUUGCCAGGCUUAAGGGGAGAGAAAGGCGACGUUGGGGAAAGAGGAGAAAAGGGUUUCCGGGGAUUUAAGGGUGAAAAGGGGGAACCAGGGCAGCCAGGUCUGGACGGGCUGGAUGCCCCAUGCCAAUUGGGCCCAGAUGGAUUACCAAUGCCUGGAUGCUGGCAGAAGUGAUCACUCUAACCUGAAACGCAUGGAGUUUGUAAAUAAUGCUUCUUUUAUGGUAUUUAUAGUUUUUUUUUAAUGGGAAAAAUAGUCUAAAAGAAAAGAAGUCUAUGUGUACAACGCUACAAAAAGAGAUAAUCGUCCCAAGUUUCACGCCCUAAGCUGCUUCUACUCACAUCGCCGUGUGGAAAAAACGUGUGUGUCUGCUCUCUCACAUCCACAUCGUGGUGGAGUUCCGAUCCUUGGCUGGCGGCAGAACUUGUCUCUUUAGUCUUUGCAUGGCUCAGACUGGAGCGUCGCAGCCCGGCCAGAUUCACAGGGGUGAAAGGAGACGUGGGAGGAGGAGGAGGAGGAGAAGGAGGAAGUGAAGGAAGGGGAUCUGGACUGGCUCUAACACCAAACGCUAGGUGUUUUGUGUUGUUUCGUCUCAACAAGCUCACCACCCAUUUGUGCAGCACCAUUUUGUAGAAGACUAAAAAAAAAAAAAAAAGACUAUUACCAACAGAACAUUGCACCCCUGACCCCCGCAAAAGCAUGAGUAGUGUACUGAAACUAUAUUUAUAUGUAUUGUACAUACAUGUCACUGUUUUGUGGUUGCGUCAUGGCUUCUGCAGAAAAGAAAAACAACACUAACAUAAAAAAACAAACCCAGAGCUCUGAAUUAGUAAUUUUUGCUUUCCUUUAAUCUUCCCAAGGGAGUCACGCCAUGGCUGGUAGCCUGAAAAUCCCCCAGAAAGUAAAGCUGUUGGUUAUUGUUGCUUUAUUGUGGUGAUGCCUGCAGAGGGUAUGAUAUCAGCAGGUUUUCACUGUUGCACUCGCGGCUCAGCAUCGUCAGUGUGGUGCCUCCAACAGCCACACAUCCCCAGACAAGAGGGGAGAACUUGGCAGGCUCGCUGAACCGAUAGGAAAACAAGUCAGGCUCACAAGGAUUUGAGAUUGGACGGGGCCUGCUCAGGCCCCCCCCCCCCCCCCCCCCCCCCCCCCCCAGAGGCACAGGAAUGGAUUCUGCAGGAGAGCUGCUAAAGCGUCUCAUUGAUCUCCGUAGAGAUCAACUGGAGCAUCUGCCUCUCCUAACAAGCAACGCUUCAGGGUCUACUGAGAGCGUCGACAGAAUGCAAUCAUAUUUUUUUCUUUAUUUUAUUUCAUUCUUAAACAUUGUAUUUUGUGUAUAAUAGCCUUUGGUGCCUCAAGCUUUUAUUCAUUCCUUUAUCAGAAAUGUACAACUUUAUAUCAUAUUUUUAAUUAUUGGAAUGGUUUUCAUUUCAGAAGGGUAAGCUUUGUUUGUUGUGAGGGUAUUGAAAAAGACACACAUUGCGCACUGUUUUUCAUAUGAUUUUUUACAGGAUGUUGAAAUAGCAUGAAGGUUAAAGCUUCACCCGAGGACACAGUAAGACUGAGUCCAUCUUGACUGUACAGCCUCUGAUCUUACUCGUGGUUUUGAAGGAGCUCAUUGUUUGUGCAAAAGCAAAUCCAGCAUUAUAACAAAUAUGCUACUUGGACUUGUUGUAUGGGAUAUAAUUUGUACAGUGUUGUCAUUUCACUGCAUGUACACAAUGUAUUACUUACUUAAAUUUUGAGAAUAAGCGUUGUUUUAGAGGAGCUGAACAUCCAGCUUUGUCUCGGGCAGGGUUGGGGUUUUGUUCAGCUCUAACAAAGCAACGGUCAGAUUUAGCCGAACACACAGUCGCUGGUAUUUCAGAUGUGUCAGAUUAAGGGAGGUUAUGUUGAAUAGAACCGUCUCAGUUGCAUUACACUUCUCUGUUACACCUCAUGUGUUGUCUUAAACAUAUAGAAAACAUGUAACACAGUGCCAGAAAAGCUGAAUUUAAUAGACACAGUUCAAUUUCCAUUAAUUAAAACCACAAGCUAACUGGUGGCCAGUUAUGUCACAUUCCAUAUCAGAUGGAGCAAAAGUAAAUGGAGCAGUAGAUCAUAGCUAGGUUUAUUUUCCACCACAGUCUAUUCAUUUUUUUUCAUGUUACUUAUACUCAGAUUGCCUUCUGACAUAGUGAGUGCUAUGCAAGGUGAUAUUCACAGUACUUCUUUUCUUCAACCUUAGAAAUAUGCAUGGAUGAUUUACUGUAAGGGCAGAUGUGAAAAACCAACAUUUUGUUGUGAUGUAGCAGCAACCACAGGUGGACUCGAAGAAGAUCUAUUCCCGUACGGUUUCUGUUUGAUUGUACUGUUCAUCUCAUCAUUAUAAAGAACGGAUGCACAUCUGUAUAGAUUAUAACAGUGCUAACUGAUAGUAGGUCAACAGCAGCUCAGUUGAUGUGCUCUACCAGUGGCAAGAACUACACAACAGGUUUCUUUAUUGUUGUUGGGGUUUUAUGUAUGUAACAAUUUUAAGAUUUUUUUGUGCAUAUAAUUGUGUAUUUGUCUCAGUAUUUUAAGUGGUACAUUAUUUAUUUUUCUAUAAUUUCUUAAAUGAAGGCAUUUUGGUUUUAAACAGCAUUCCUUUAAGUUGUUUCGGCUUCUGAUGUCAGUUUCCACUGCGUCUCUGUUGACAUGAAGAAUUUUGGAUCAUGCUAAGGCAUCAGGAAACAGUUAUGCAAAUGGUUCAGUGUGAAGGAAGUUGGUCAUUCACAAAUUACAGUGUGUAUUCACUUCAGAUUAUAGGCCUUACCAUGGAAUACAUCUCCUUUUAUUUAAUUUCGUGUGUCAGAAAGCUAACUAUGACAACAAAGUACUGAUGGCCUGAAUGUUGACAGGCCCAGCCAAUGCAACCGUGUACCGCGUGAAAUAUCACAGCUUUCUCUCAUGCUUUCUCUUUUCUCUCUCUUUCUCUCUCUCUCUCUCUCUCUCUCUCUCCUCUUUGCAUUGAAUGUAGUUUGAUAUAUGUAUAGUGGAUUAUUAAUGUACUGUUAAAAAAUGUGUGCUCAUUUGACAAGAAGUGCAAUUUAUACUUUGGUUAAUGUGUGUAGCAUCAAAUGCAGCUGAAUUAUCACAUAUCUGUGAUCUCUAUAGCUCCAUUUGUUCAGUCAUGCUACCCUGUAUACCACUACCUGGAAAGAAAAUGUUUAUUCACCAGAAGACAAAGAAACAAAUAUAAACAUGGACCUUUCAUUAAAUCUCAAUUUAGAUUGGUUUAUUGUUGCUUCAGACCUGUCCCUUCACUCAUAUUUUAAAGUGUUAUUUCCAUUACUUAAUAUUUACUAAGUUUUUGCAAUAUGUUUUUUAUUUUUUAUUUUGUGUUUUGACAUCCAACCUUUGUUACAGUAUUUGUUCUCACAAGGUGCUGUAUCUUUAGCAUGUGCAGCUAAGUUUUUUAAUUGAUUUUUUUUAUUUGAUUGAUUGUUUUGUUUUGUUUUGUUUUGAUUGUUGUGUUUCCUUGUUAAAGUUUCAUUUUAUUUAGUUUAUUUCUGCUUUUAGCAGAAGUGCCAAAAUAUUUCAAACAUUUAUUUCCAUAUCAGUAUUAGCAGAGCUGGUGACGAGCUCCAGAAUGGCUCACUUUAGUCCCACUUCUGUGUAUUUGUCAUCAUUACAGAAAUGCUCUGAGUCAAGUUUUCAUCUGAAGAAACAGUAGGAUACACCCACAAAACACACUUUACUCAUCAAAACCUUCAGAAUAACAGCGUUGGUUAAGGAUAGUUGACAAAGUCACAUCCACAAUAUUCUUCUGCAUUUUAUUGAAAGACAACACUGGUCUCUUAUGAGUACUUAGAAUCUCUUACUCUUCUCUACCCUCCAAUGCACUGCAGCGUUACUGAAAUAAUUACACUGCCACACACUCUCCAAAAUUAAACACAGUCUAUGGAAACAAAAAUGCAAAGCAAAAUCCACUUUGUGGCUUUUUUGAGUUACAACUGCAUUUUUUUUUUGGGUGGUAAACGUUCAGUUUAUGUUCCGUAUUUGGUUUAUUAACUUUUUAGCCACUUGAUCGACAUUUCUUUGAAGACCCUUGUGUUCACACACUACUAUACUUCAAAAUGGCAUUUCAUAUGACUGUACUGUUG